UGGAAGGUUCCAGCACAACUUCACUCUAGUUGCCAGUAGAUCAACGUAUUCGUAGCACAAUGUCACCAAUCUGGGUUUUUGUACUGCUGCCAACCUUGACCUUGGGGGAUGCUCUUAGUGACGCCACAGCUCUUCAUGCUAAGCUGGACGUCAACAAAGACGGGGCACUAUCCAAAGACGAGAUCUUGACCACUGUCUCUACGUUCGAUGCCAACAAAGACAACGCACUCUCCAAGACCGAGCUCAACAACUUUGCCGUGGCUAACGUACCAACUAUCGUCCAGCCCACACUAGCCUGGGGUAGGUACGUGGACACCAACAAGGACGGACUCAUCAGCCGCACGGAGUUUGACGCGGCCUUUAGUGCUCUAGAUGGGAACAAGAAUGGGAAUGUUGACUAUCUUGAAUUUGGCGCGUACGCUGCCCUCAUGGCACCGAUCGUGUUGCUGUGGUAAUCCUGAGGCUCGCUGUGACCUUGCUGGGGUUGCUUACAAUAAAGACAUUU